AUGAGCCCGGAACAGCCAACCCUUGUCUGUCUGGGCAAAGUGUUGGGACCAGUGCUGCCCGCAUGGCAGACACCUCCUCGUGUUGGCUGCUUCAGCCACAUGUCAAACUUUGUCCCUCAUCCUCUGGAUGACCGCCCCCCACCCUUGGAGGAGCUGAGCCAUCCAGAACGCCCCCAGGACCCCGAGACAAACUUCGUGAUCAAUGAAAUACUACAAGUCGCCGUGAACACCGUGGGUGAGGAGGCAAGCCACCAAGAACACCCCCGCGGAGUGCAACAAGUCGUCAUCACUGCCAUUCGUGCAACUGAUCUGACUCUUGGUCUCCGACGGAUUCCCGCCGGCUUCCAUGUGGUAGUAAAGGCUGACGGCAUCGAGUGCCAGACAAGCAACAAACCUGUACACGUAGACCAGGUUGUUGUCGAAUGGAACGAGCAGAUACUUUUGCCAUGCGAGCCAUCUUCUCUAGUUCGGGUCAGCGUGUAUGCCUCAUUUGAACUGGACCCCAUGCUCUGUCAUGGAGAAGUCCUUCGCACAUUCAAUAUCUCCGUGGGAGAAUUACUGGAUCGCAGUGAAAAGUCACCUAUAAUCUUUCGGGCUAAGCAGCAUGAAGUCGUAUCCUCGUACACUUCAUUGUUCAUGAAAGUGGAGCAGCGAUGCUCUGAUGAAAAUGCCGAUGCAGUUGUUUGUCCUCAUACUACCCUUACAUCCGGCGAUAUGGAUUUGUCAGUACUAGAGACGGACACCGGACAUCGUCUUCUCGCACAGUACCGCAGGAUGAAGGACAAUGGGGAUCUUGACCAAUCCAUAAAACACUUUGAACGCGCCUUGGAUUUCUUCCCCGUGGAGCAUCCCUGCCGUCCUGCAGCACUGUUCAAUUUAGCCACUGCAAAGUUUGUUAGUCACCAAGCUAUUGGAACAUACCUCGACCUCGACAUCCCCAUCACUCUUUUUGAAGACGCCCUUGAAUUCCGUCCCGAUGGUCAUGCGGACAGACCCAUCACCCAGCUUCAUCUUGCCAUUGCUCUGCUGUUCCGCUUCGCAAAACAGGGAUCUGAAACGGAUGCCGAUGCGGCCGAAGAGUUACUGAGCGACGUUCUGGAUGUUUGCCACUCCAACAGCCACAUUUACAGAGCAGCUUUGCUUGCAAUCGAUACAUUUGCUCUGCAUGGAGCUGGAGGCAAGGGUGGGCGCGAUCUUGAUCAGAAGCAGCCCACUGCAUUCAUGAUUCCGUUAUCGCCAGAUCAACUUGCUCGCCGUGUAGAGUGGUGUUCCUACAGAGAUGAUUCCCGUGAAUUAGAUGAAGUGAUCUCCCUUCAUUACGAUGCACUGCGAUACUACGGCACUAUGCAUGAUUGUCGAGAGCAAUUGCAGUGUAAUCUGGGCGUAAUGCUGUACAUUCGCUAUAAUCGUCGAGGCAAUAACCAAGACUUGGACGAGGCCAUCACCCGUCUUAGGGAAGCGCUGGAUGUGUCCUCAGUCGGUCGCGCACAUCGGUCCAAGUCAUCAAAUAACCUUGCAAAUAUGCUCUAUACCCGCUUCCAGCACCGAGGCAAUGACCAGGACUUGGAUGACGCUAUCAUGCUUCACAGGGACGCGCUGACUUUACAUUCAGUCGGUCACCCGGAUCGGUCCUCAUCAUUAAGUAACCUUGGGUCUGUGCUCUAUAUACGGUUUCAGCACCGAGGCAAUGACCAAGACUUGGAUGACGCUAUCAAGCUUUACAGGGACGCGCUAGCUUUACGUCCGCUCCGGGACAAUGACCAAGACUCGUAUGAGGCUAUUAUGCUUCACAGGGGUGUGCUGGCUUCACGUCCAGUCGGUCACCCAGAUCGGCUCAAGUCAUUAUAUAACCUUGGAACUGCGCUCUUCACCUGCUUCCAGCACCGAGGCAAUCACCAAGACCUGGAUGAGGCUAUCAUGCAUCUCAGGGCUGCCGUCUAUCUUUUGUUCCCUCGAUCGGGACUUGACGGUACUGGUGAAGACACCGACAGUCAGACUGCUGCCAUGCAUCAUCUCAAGGCAGCAGCAAAUGUUGUCUCUGCAGGUUUGCUACCUCGCCUGCAAGCAAGUCUACGCUGGGCUCGCGACGCCGAUCAACAUUCGCAUGAUACUGCACUAGAGGCCUAUGCGAAUUCCAUGCAGCUUCUGGAUGCUUUCAUGUCCGCGACAGCUUCAGUAUCGUCUCGUCAUAGUGUCCUGAAGAAAUUCUCAAAUAGGCUUGCCAUGGAUGCUGCUUCAUGUGCUCUUCGUAGCGGUGAUGUGUGUCGCGCUGUCGAGUUGUUGGAACAAGGCAGGACUGUCAUAUGGUCCCAGAUGACACAAAUCCGCACGCCUCUUGACAACCUCCAAGAUCGCGGCGAUCAUGCAGUGGCCCUGAUGAAGAAGUUCAAAGAACUCAACUCCCUCCUUGAUACGCUUCCCACGAACCAUCCAGAAAGAACCCCGGGAGUCGAUGUAGAUGCAGAAGCAAUCCGGUCCCGACCUCUAGAUGCAGAAGCAAGCCGAGUUGUAGAAAAGAUUCGGAAAAUUGAGGGCUUCUCUCGCUUCCUACUUCCCCCCUUGUUCUCCUAUCUUCAAUAUGCAGCUUGUGAUGGGCCUGUUGUCGUGCUCGUUGCAAGCAAGUCGUCCUGCGAUGCCAUUAUUGUUCCACACAACCAACCUCCGAUGAACAUUAAACUCCGCAUCAAUUUGGAGAAACUCCAACAUUUGGUGGUCAAACUCCAACGGGCAAGUCAACCACAGGCCGCUCCCAAACCCGCUCCCGAAACCACUCCCAAAUCCGCUCCCAAAAGUACCCACUUGCCCCUCAUGAAAGCUUUGACGGAGUUAUGGGACGACGUCGUCCGCCCAGUGGUCGACAAUUUGGGCGGAUUUGCACCACCAGGUUCCCGGAUUUGGUGGUGCCCUUCGGGUGCCUUCAAUUUCUUGCCCUUGCACGCUGCUGGCGCAUACAGGCGAGGCGGACAGUUGCUUUCGAAGCUCUAUAUCUCUUCAUACACGCCAUCGCUUACCGCCCUGAUCAGGGCUCGCAGAAGCCAUGAUAGAUCUCUGCCAGUGUCCUUUGUUGCCAUUGGUCAGAAUCACCCGCCUGGUCAUAAAAUCCCUUUGGCUGGUGUGGAGCCUGAGUUGGAUUUGGUGCGGGAUCUUUUGCCCCCUCCUCCAACUGUUUCCUUCACCAAGAUAAUGAGUGUUGAUGCAACGAAAUCGAGAGCAUCGCGUGCAUUGCGAGACAAUACUUGGAUUCAUUUUGCGUGUCACGGGACACAGAACUUUGACGAACCCUUCGAUUCGGCCUUUCUCAUGCGCGACCAACCGCUUUCACUCCUCGAUAUCUCACAAAUGGAUUUGUCUCGACAUGAAUUUGCGUUUCUUUCUGCCUGUGAAACCGCAGUCGGUAACCCCCAUACGCCUGAUGAAGUCAUACACCUGGCGGCUAGCCUACAAUUUGCUGGGAUAAAGAGUGUAGUUGGGACAUUAUGGGAGGUCAACGAUGAUACGGUGCAGCACUUAGUCAAGGCAUUCUACAACAAAUUUUGCGGGGAUGGCAAAAUGGAUUCCAAGCGGGCUGCCCGAGCGCUGCACCGAGCGGUCCAGUCGUUGGCUAGUGACAAGGACCUGGACAUGCCAUUGGACCAGCGCAUAGUGUUCAUGCAUGUGGGCAUAUGA